GAAAAUCAGCACUGUGGACAGAUACAUGCGUGAAAAGGGAUUUGACAUUGAUAAAAUGUGGAAUGACAUUGAUGAUGUCAUCAUAAAGACUCUUAUAUCAGCUCAUUCUGUUCUCAAACACAACUACCGCACAUGUUUCCCGAACCACGUGAAAGGCAGCGCCUGUUUUGAGAUCCUCGGAUUUGAUGUUCUGCUAGAUAGGAAGUUACGACCCUCAAUACUUGAGGUGAAUCAUUCUCCUAGUUUUAACACGGACUCAGAGCUGGACAGGGAAAUCAAAGGUGCUUUGGUGUGGGACACACUCAACUUAGUCAAUUUUGGUGCUUGUGAUCGCCGUAGAUGUAUUGAAGAAGAAAAGCGGCGUAUUAAGGAGAGGCUUCUGGGAAGAGGCGCGAAAAAGGAAACCAAGUAAG